GUUGCUGCGACCCGUCAUUUCUCAAACGCAUAAACAAACUUGUUUUAGUCAAAUCUUGCUGUAGUAAUUUUCUUUAACUAUGGAGUACUCAGAAAAGUGGACCGACUGCGAGGUUCAAGCCUUGCUGAGAAUUUUCUCCAGCGAGGAAGUCCAGAGAGGUUUUGCAUCGUUAAAGCGUAACAGCAAAGUGUACAGCAACAUCUCAGCACAGCUGCUGCAGGUCGGGAUCCACCACUCAGCUAAGCAGUGUCAGGAAAAGCUUAAGAAACUGAAACAAGACUACAAAAAGAUUAAAGACCACAACAGCCUAAAUAGUUCUGACCAACGGACAGGUAAAUGGUAUGUGUUCAUGGACGGAAUCCUCGGCCACAAUCCAGCAUGCACUAGAAAUGUGGAAAGCAAAGAUUCGGAGGCCAGUGACACCGGCACAUCUGUAAAAGGAAAGUGGAAAAGAGGAGACGCGCUUGUGAUGUUGGCACUGAAGGAAAUGAGGGAGUUGGAGGAGGCCAGGAGGAAGGAAGCCAACGCUGCAAUGGAUCGUUUCUUACAGAUUCUGGCGGAGCGAGAGUUGAGAGAGGCUGCGGCAUGGGCGAAGGAAAUGGCUGAGGAACGAGCAGAAGCUGCAGAGGCCAGACGACAGCAGACUGCAUUUCAGCAGAGCUUUCUGGACCUUUUUGCAAAGUUUGUGGAGGGGAAACAAGCCUCUGUCCCACCUACACUGGAAUGAAACUUAGCUGCCAGUAAUAUACAUAUAUAUAUAUAUAUAUAUAUAUAUAUAUAUAAAUAAAUAAUCAAGGUUUACAGAGGUUUUCACACUUUCCAUGCCAAGGACCCCCAAAUAUGAUCAUCCCUUGAACUUAAUUCAUAAUAAUUACGCGUUGCAUGUACAAACGCUAAUUUUUAUGAUUUGAGACAAAUAAAAGGUGUGGCUUUUGGAGCUUAAAAAUUAAACUGAUUAAUCAUACAGUUUUCAUGAUUAAUCACUUUAGGUGCAAUUAAUUAUCUAGCAAGAGCUACUUUAUAAAUAAACAUCACAUUACAUGAUUGAUUGAUCAUCAUUGAUUGAUUUUGUGGAAACAAACAGAAAGAGACUGUUUGGCUUCUCAAAUGACAGAGUGAAGAGGAAGAUAGGUAACACAUAAGGAAGUUGCCAAACCGGUGCUAUGGACUAACAGUUUCUACUCUAGUAACAGUAACUUAAUUUUUACUGAGAAUAAUUUAUGGGGCAGUAUAUUCAUGAAUUUCAAGCUGUGAAUACAAAAUACCUCAACAGUGCUGCUAUUUUGGAAUGAUCAACAAGGAGAAAGUCUGAAUGAAAAUCUAUGGAAAAGAUACCUAAGUCAGUGUACUGAAUCAACUGAUUGCAUGGGUUUUUUGACAAUGUCAUUUUCUAAAAUGUUUUACUUGGAAUUACUACAAUUUUAGAAUUACUACUACACAAAAAAUAGUUAAAGUAAUGGUUGAACUUAUCAAUAAUCAGACUAGCUAACCUAAUGAUAAGAGCUACUGUAUCAAAUGUAUAAAUUGAAUAUAGAAAUAUAUAAUAGAUGUUUUUGAUCACUAGAUGAACAUUUUUGACAAACAAAUCUUGCAAAAUCAGAUGGAAAAAACUGUUGCUGCAUGUUGCAAAAUGGAAAUUAUAGUUGCCAAGAAACCAUUAGCACACCAUUAGUUACCAACAGAGUUCAAUGCAACUCUGUGAAGAUCUACAAUGACUUGUUCUGGCUAAAAAAAACAUAUAUAUAUAUUUUGGCUCUUAACAUUUUAAGAUGCAGUGGCGGGUUUCUAGUCAUUGUUUUUGUGUUUUUCUAAAGCCCUGCAUGAAGUGGAUGAGUAUUUUUCCUUGUUGCAAAAAGGCAC